UCCCAAACAUCUUAAAGACUCUUCAUAACUUGGAGGAUGUAAUCAUAUCUAACAACAGAAUCAAAGGGAAAGUCCCUGAGUGGCUUAUGGAAGCUUCCUCGUCUAAGAACGGUGGAUAUGUUUGAUAAUUAUUUCAACGGUUUCCAAGGCUCCACAGACGUUUUAGUGAAUUCUUCAGUGAAGAUACUGAUUCUUGAUUCAAACAGAUUUCAAGGAUCACUUCCUCACCUACCACACUCUACCAACGUCUUGUUUGCCGGUGCUAACAGUUUCACAGGGGAGAUACCUCUCUCAAUCUGCAACAGAAGCUCGCUCUCUAUCCUUGAUCUAUCCUACAACAACUUCACCGGUCUAAUUCCUCAAUGUCUAAGUAACUUCACGGUUGUGGAUCUCCGUAAAAACAACUUGGAAGGAAGUAUCCCUGACGUGUUCUAUGCUGAUGCCUCUAUACAAACACUCAACGUUGGCUACAAUCAACUAACCGGGAAGCUUCCAAAGUCUCUUCUUAAUUGCUCCUCUCUAAUGUUUCUAAGCGUUGACAACAACAGAAUCCAAGACACGUUUCCUUUCUGGCUCAAGGCUUUACCAAAUUUGCAAGCCCUUAUCCUCGGUUCAAACAAAUUCUAUGGUCCUAUAUCUCCUCCUCAUCAAGGUCCUCUCGGGUUUUCAGAGCUGCGGAUUCUUGAGAUAUCUGAUAAUCAGUUUACUGGAAACUUGCCACCGAGUUACUUCUUAAACUGGAAAUCAUCGAUGAAUGAAGAUGGGGGUCUAUAUAUGCUAUACGAGAAGAGACCUUACGGUUUGUUUUCCUAUAGGUAUAUGGAUCAUAUAGAUUUGAAAUACAAAGGUCUACACAUGGAGCAAGCGAACGUCCUCACUUUCUACAGCGCCAUUGAUUUUUCUGGAAUCAAAAUCCAAGGACAGAUUCCUGAAUCCAUUGGUCUCUUGAAGGCACUGGUUGCACUCAACUUAUCGAACAACUCUUUCACAGGCUCAAUUCCUCUGUCUUUUGCCAAUUUUGUGAAGCUCGAGUCAUUGGACCUGUCAAGAAACCAACUCUCAGGGACUAUUCCUAAUGGACUAGGGACCCUCUCCUUUUUGGCUUACGUAAAUGUGUCUCAUAACCAACUCAAGGGUGAAAUACCACAAGGAACACAGAUUACUGGCCAGCCUAAAUCAUCUUUUGAAGGGAAUGCAGGGCUUUGUGGUCUUCCUCUCGAGGAACGUUGCUUUGAGACUGAUGCGCCACCAACGCAACUACCUAAGGAAGAAGAGGAAGAGGUGUUGAACUGGAAAGCAGUGGCAGUAGGGUAUGGACCUGGAUUGAUUCUUGGAUUGACAAUAGCACAAGUCAUUGCUUCUUGCAAGACAGAGUGGCUCGUCAAGAUCAUUGGUCUGGACUAAGCGUAGAAACCGAUAAGAUAUUUUCAGUUUUGAGUUUGGUCGUUCCGUGUGUGUCAAGUAGUUGCUGGUCUUGUAUUGAAGCAUGUCCUUUUGUUUGUAGUAUCUUCUUCAUCGCACUAUUUCUUUUUUCUAUUAAGUAAGAAUGGUGAAUU